AUGUACCUGCGAGCAGAUCAGAAGCGGCCCCGCCAUGGUAGCCCUUCAAUCGGGUACUGGGCGCGAGCAUGGCUGGUCGCGGAGGGAGUGGUCGAUUUGAUCGCGCGCGACCAGGCGGCCAUGUCGCACCUCUUCCAGUAUAAACAGCUCACCUCGGACCCACGACUGUCCGCUGCGCAAGUGAAGAAGACCUACCUAGACCUUGCUCUCACGAUUGGAGUUCAUCCUUGGGCACUAGGUGUCAUACCUGAGAACAACGGCAAAGUCCAUCUGCCAAAGCGAUUGACCAUCGAGUACACUGUGGUCAAGAAUAUCAUCCGUUGGUCUCGAGGCUCUGAGCAGUCCACGUUCGAGAAGAGAACUCGUCUUGAAGACGAUCAGACAUUAGAAAUUCCUCCGCUGAUCAAAGAUUUGACAGUUGUAAAGGGCAAGGGUACAAAGCCAGUGGCCGUGAUUGUGGUAGAGCAUCAAAUCUUGAGGACCGUGAUUACGGAUGAGAGGUACAACAAGCACCGCGUCAUUGUGGUUAUGACGGCUGGCUACCCAAGCUUGGCGACUCGGGAGUUCCUCCAUCUUCUGUCAAAGUCCCCAAUGUUGAACGAUGUGCCCUUCCUCUAUUUCUCGGAUCAUGAUUUUCAAGCCGCUGAGAUAUUCAAAUGUCUGAAGUAUGGGGCAGCACAUUCUGCCGAGUCAAGUGAGCAGAUGGUGUGCUCUCAGCUCAGCUGGGCCGGACCUUCGAGGGAAGAAUUGCUGAGUUCUCCUGAAAAGUGUCGCAAGGCAUUGGAGCAGCAGUACCAAAGCGAUCAAUUACGGGCCACCUCUGAUGAGGUCAAAGGGGCUGCAGACGCUUGGGUAAAAAACAAACGUGCCUUUCUGGAAAAGAAGCUUGUCAAGACAACCCAGGGAGACCUGAAUCAGUUGCGCAGCUUUCUACAGACUAGCUGGCUCCAGAACGAAGCCGGACUCCGCGCUGAGUUGGACGAGAUGUCCUGGCGCAAAGGGAAGUUCAGGCUUGCGGAUCUUGCUGCAAUACAUCAAGAUUUCGUGCAAAUUUUCAUCAAUGCAAAGAUCAGCAAGGCGCUCGCGAUUGAAAGCGCCGAGGAGCUCAGCCUACCUGGGCCCCUUAUACCCAAGAAACGGGGUUGGGCGGCUUUGUCAGGUCAGCAAGAAGCGAGGCAAAAAGCGAGCGCUGAGGUCAGUGAUGAAGAAGCGGAAGCUCUGAUGCAAUAUGUCGUUACAUAG